CAUACAAAUACUAUAUCAAGGAACCACAUCAUAUUAAUCACGAGGAUCGUCGCAAGACGAUAAACUUCAAAUGAUGACGCCAAUGAAGCCAGAGGCUCUCUGGAAUUGCGAUCCAAAAUCUAUCCAUAGGCAAUUGUUGAAUAAGACGCCUAAGCUCUUUGCCGAAGCCGACAAUGUGGAGAUUUGGAAAACACCGAAAGCUGUCAUCGUUCCUGGAGUGGACUAUAAAGUCGAGCAGCGUAAACUUGAUGAUCAAGAUAUGAAAUCGCUCUGGGAACAUAAUCGACAGUUUCGCGAUGUUCUCUAUAUCAUCGAACAAGGCAACUUGUGGAACCGACUUCUAAUCACGAAAGAGACAUGGACCAACCUCAUAACGAAACAUAAUGUCUUCCCCUAUUUUACCGAAUCCAUCCUCAACUUUGGCCCAUGGGAAAAAGACGAUGACAGCACCUCGAAUAACUUCCAUUCGCGGGAUCCAUUGAACGGAAGCGGUGAUAUUGAAAUAUGUUACACCAUCAGCUAUCUCAAUCGGGACGACGCGGCGGACGGAACCGACGAUUCGUGGUCCUUCAGACAAACCUCUGUGUAUAAUCGGAUGCAUUCUCGAAGUUUUUCAUCCGUCUGGAUAUUAGUUAAGCCCUCUCCAAACCUCAAGGCUCGUUUGCCAGAAAAGCUCAACGAAUUUUGGUACGAUGAUGAGUUUCGGUACUCCCGUCAUCCAUUGAUCCACGUCAUGAUACUCUUCAUUUCCCUUUACGGUUGGCGCGAUUACAUAGUAACUCUGAAUUCGAAAAUGGAACAAUUUGAAGGCAAAUCCUUCUUCUCGGAUACGGAUGUUGUCACCCACAACGACUAUAAACAGAGCUUUGAAGAUUUGCAGAAGCUUCAACGACUUCGGCGAGACUUGUCGAAGGCCGCAUUUAUCCUAGAUGAUACUGCGGAACUCAGCCGGAGAAUCCGCGGAAUACUCCCAAAGAUGACUCUCCGGAUGAGACCAGAAAUUAUGGUAGCCAUUUUUGAAGAAUUGGAUGAUUUCGACGUAGAAAUAAGAUACAUGAAAAGCUGCAUCAUGGGACUUAGGGAGCGCACAUCCGAUGCAACUAAAUUAUUCUCAAGCAUAUUAGACCAUCUCAGUGGAAAGUUAAGUCUGAGAAAUGCUCUUGCGAGCGAGGCAUCUCAAUCAACAAGCGCUCAGUCUCUAAGUGUCAUGACCGCGAUGGCGGUAAACGGCCAAUUAGGGCACGAACUUCAAAGGGAAACCUCAAGCAACAUUCGCACUCUGACACUAGUUGCAUCUCUAUACUUCCCGGCAUCUUUGUUAGUAUGGAUAUUUAGUUCGAAUUUUACCGACUUCAAAUCUGGAACAACUAUCGACCUUAAACCUUUCUGGAGGUUCACAUUCAUACUAGUUCCAGCCGUUGUGGUGAUCUUAUCCAUCGUGUUCGUUGUCCAAAGUGUGUUAAGGUAUGAGGAGAGGGAUAUAUCCACAAGGAAAAGGAGGUGGGGAAAGGGAUGGCAGGAUUGGGCCAAUACGGUCUGUCUAUCUAAGGCUUGAGCCUUGAGGUCUGGUUUCAUUAAGCAUCAUUAACAAAGUGCGAUGUUUGAGUUUUUGUGUGG